AUGACAGGGACGGAUGCGGAGUUAGCUGGGGAGGUCCCUUCGCCUUUCCUAUCGGCGAGAGUCAAGGUCAGGAAGCAGAAGACACAGAUUGCAGAGCUGGAGGUGGGAGGCGUCAAGAUUUCUGACUCAUCCGGGAUUCUGACGGCCGCGACGCAGUAUUUCACGGACCUUUUCGGCACUGACGGUCGGACAUCAACAGAGCGGUGGAAACCGCUUGCUGGGAGAAAGUUGGAUGCAGAGUCGGCGGCUGGGCUUGCAGCAGAUUGGACAGAAGAGGAGGUUAAACAGGCCUUCAAAGCGCUUGCAGACGGCAAAUCACCCGGGAAGGAUGGGCUCCCGAAAGAGCUAUUUGAAAGACAAUGGGAUGUCCUCGGCAAGGAGUUCCUCCGCAUGGCGCAAUCCUUCUCGGUUUCAGCAACCAUUCCUGCAAGCAUCAAAGAAGCGAUUACUAUUCUGCUCCAUAAAAAGGGAGAGAAGGACAAUCUGGACAACUAUCGUCCGAUCACACUUCUGAACUUCACGUACAAGGUGCUGGCGCGGGUGGUGGCGAACCGAAUGAAGAUGCACCUGCACAAGGUGAUCUCGGCGGAGCAGUACGGCUUUAUUCCCGGCAGGAGAAUCUCGGAGGCCAUCGGUGUGGUUGCUGAUGUUAUUGAGGCGGCGAAAAAGGGGAAUGAAGACUGGUACAUGCUGCUGGUAGAUUUCCGCAAGGCCUUCGACUCGGUGUCUAGAAGCUUCCUUUUCAGCACCCUCAAGGAAAUGGGCUUCCCAGAGAGAUUCGUCGGCUGGGUGGAAGGUCUGCACAAAGACACAAGAACAAGGUUAUUAAUCAACAGUUGGUUGGGGGAAGCAGUGGAUGUUAAGUCGGGGGUGAGACAGGGCUGCCCACUUGCUCCGUACCUGUUUCUCUGCGCGGUGGAACCGCUGGCGCAAGAGGCAGAGCGUCGGAAGAUUGGUCUCUGCAACAAGGCAAACCAACGGUUAGCGUAUGUCGGUUACGCGGACGACACGACACUCUUUUUGGAUGGGAAAAGACAAAUCUCCAGGGCUGAGAAGCUGUUAGCCUGGUUUGCUGGACUGUCAGGGCUGCAGACGAACAAGGGCAAAUCGGUGAUCCUCCCGAUCGGCCACAACAUUGGGAGGAGACUAGGGACGCUGGGCGGCUUUAAAUGGGCCAAGGCGGACGAAGCGGAGAGAGUCCUGGGAGUCUGGGUCACCCCCUCUGGAAGCAGUGAGCCGACCUGGAAGCGGGCUUUUGAAAAAAUAAUAGUGGAGUUGAUUAAGUGGAAGGCGCUCUUCCUCACGAUUGCGGCGAGGGUUGUGAUUAUCAACUGCUACAUCACACCGAGAAUAGCAUAUCAGGCGCAGGUCUAUCCCCCGUCAGAGGGGAUUCACAAUUUCUUAACGGGGAACAAUGCAUCGGCUGAGAAAGGGUUUGUGCUGUGGAACUGGGGGCUGCUUACCACGCCGAAAGCCGACGGAGGUCUCCGAGACGGUACGGUGGAGAUUAAGGACAUGGAUACGCUUGAGCGGGAGCUGCGUAGCAGGGACUCAGCCCGGCUGGCUCUCAAAGCACUUGAUGCAGCCCCGCAGGAAUGGAAGGAAGUGCUCAUCCCGGAUGCCAGUGGAAAGGGGGCUGGAUCUGGGGUGAAAAAAUCGUCUGGGAACAGCGGCGGUGGCGAACAUGCAGCGGCUACAAUUUUUCGUUCGGGGAUUUUCACGAACGGGCAGCUGUCAUCCCUGAAGCAGCUGAGGGAAUCGUGGGCUGUGCCAGACGCGGUCUCCACGAAGCAGGAGAAGUGGGUCGGCAAGUGGAGCGGCAAGAUAGACUGGGACCGAAUUGUCCACACCAGAAACUCGCUUGCCAUCCCGAACCGACCGCGUGAUGUCCUUACGCCCUGUGGUAUCUGGUCUCCGGCGCGCUCUGCGCAUGCUCAACCCCACAAGGACAUCUGCCUCGCUCGGUGA